UGGAGAGGUAGUGGUCCGUUUCCUCCAUGUUGGGCCGUCCUGGAUAUCUGGGCCUUGCUUUGAGUCUUACUAUUCUGUACCUCCUUGCGUCGUCACCUAGGUUAACCAUUUGGGUGAACGGUGUUAGGGGUAUCCGUUAUUUUUAUCCUCAUCAUCUGGUAUGGGUUCAUCUCUAAUUCUCUCUUGUAAUUCUCGGUCGUUUGUAAUAAAAUUAGACUAUGAUUACCGAUAUCUGCUUGAUGUAUAUUCUGAGUUAUCGGAUAUAUAUUUCGUGAUCUGGUUGCGUUAUCAUUCGAUGCUUGCAUUGCAUGAUCGCCCUGUGCUUGUGAUGAUUAAUAUAUUGGCUUUAGAACUCUGGCAACUGCUCUAAUAUUCGUAUGUUUGCUCUAAUGUGAUGUCUGUCCAUUUGGAGGGUGGGGGCUCCGCGCGGGAUGCUAGAGUAUCGCUUGCUAAUGUAGACGUGGUGUCCAGACUAGUUAAGUGUUGCUGAAUGUCGCCCUUUCUCACGAUUUGUAGAGGAAGCCGGCAGGUGGUGACAGCCCUGUCCGUGCCCAGUAAUCCUCCACGUUCGGAUUCGGGGGUAAGAGGUACAUAAAGCCGCAUAGUUGGUCAGUCUUCUCCCGUCAGCUAUAGGAGCGGCCUCCCUGUUGUAUCAGUUUAAUCUUCUGUUGAUCUAACCAUUAGAUAGCAUAGAUAUAGUUAGCCUAGCACCUCUAACUCGAGCUCUAACUUCUGUCUUUCUCCCUGCUAGCGUUUUUAUUCUUUUAUUAUUUAGGGUUGUUUGUGUGUGUCACACUACCUCCUACCAUGUUAUUUAUUUUACCCAUGUUUAUGCAAUUGAAUAUCCAAUCUAGAUCAGUUCAUUAACUAGCAUAUGUACUUCCAUUCGCCGCCUUCUCUGCGGAAAUAUAAAUGACACUCCGGUAUACUCUCUGGUAAAAUGCUGCAGCGGUAUUCUGUACGCUUGCGGAUUUAUUCGUGGUUCAUGAAAUACCUGCCACCCCCUUGGCGUCUACGAGCGUCAUCGCUGUUCACUCAGUGGUGACGUUGGCAGGCACCAAGACCUAUCACGGCGGUGAUGUCAACUAUCACCAACGGUUCCAAAUGGAACCGGCGGUGAUAACGUAUUUGUGAUGUACUAUUCUGUAGUAGUGUUGCAACCUUAAUAUAAUGAUACGUAGCUCUCAUGGGUGUGCAAGAAAAAAAACAAGCUGCACCUAUUGCUGCACGGGUGUCCAUACCCAGAGGUAGAUUGACCAUCUGAGUGCAUCCGUGUUUGCAUACACUAGUUCGAUCUGAUGUAUGUCUAUAAAUAGCUUAUACUCUCUCCGUACUCAUAAAGGAAGUCGUUUUAGACAGUGAUAUAGUCUCCAAAACACAACUUUGACUUCUUGUUUCUAUAAAAAUAUUUAUCAAAAAGUGAUAUAUGUAUACUUUUAUGAAAACAUUUUUUUUCCAAAAACGCAGGAGAGCUGCGCUCCUUUGUAUUAUAGAGAAUAAAAAGGUCCCGCACACUCCCCUCUCUCAUAUGGGGACCGAAUAUGAGAGUAGGGUUAACAAGUUACAAAGUGACUAGCUUAAGAAAAAGGAAAAAAACAUGACCAGCACCUUGACCUAGUCCUCUAGAUUACAGUGGCUAAACCCAGGCCGUGCAGCUUCUUAGCGCCGGCCAGGCACCAAAGGCUAUGCUCAUCCUUAAGUUCUCUCAUGAUAGAGUUGACUGAGGGAGCAAUGCCUUCAAACACACAAGCAUUCCGGUGCUUCCAUAUCAUCCAAGCACCCAGAAUUAUUAGGGAAUUCACCCCUUUUUCUAUGAUCCUUUUGCACUUUCUUGAUUACUUUUCGCCACCAAUCAGCAAAGCUUCGUUCCCGCUGCUUAGGCACAUAAGUUUCUAGGUUUAGCGGGUGUAGUAAGUUGAACCAGACCUGUCUUGCCACCACACAUGAAGCCAACAAAUGUUGCACUGUCUCCUCCUCUUGAUCGCAUAGCAGGCAUUUUUCUGGAUGAGGCAAUCCUCUUUUUUCAAGCCUAUCCGCAGUCCAGCACCUGUUUCGGAUUGCUAGCCAUAGGAACACUUUGCAUUUGUUUGGUGCCCAGGACUUCCAAAGCCUUCUCCAUGGUUCAAAGGUUACUGAACCAAGGAAGUAAGCUCUGUAUGCAGAUUUAGAGGAAUAGCAUCCUCCAGCUUCCAAUUUCCAAAUGUCCUUAUCUUCUUGCUCUGAUAACUCAAAACCUUGGACACAGUCCCAGAGCUGCAGAUAUUCUAUGAUUCCAUUCCAGUUAAGCCCUCCACGUAUUGCUGAAACCCAGCCAUUAUUAGUUAAAGCUUCAGCCACUGUUUGCCUUCUACGGAUUCUUGUAGGCACACUUGCAAAGACAUUUGGUGCAAGGUUUUCAACCGAACAUCCAUGCACCCAAUUGUCUGUCCAAAAGAGAGUGUUGUUUCCAUUUCCUAGCUCUGUCCGUACAGCAGCAGCAAGCAAAGCUAGUGAGAAAAAUCUGUUCAUAUAAUUUUCACGUUUUCAAACUCAACAACUUGAAAGUUAUUCAUGAUUUAUAUUUCCAAGAUUUGACUCAAAUCUUAUCCUAAAUGACUUCCUUUACAAGUAUGGAGGGUACACUCGAGUUUUGUAGAAAUUAUUGAAUGUACAUUUCUACACCUUGUCCCAAGUAGAACUACUCCUGACACAUAACUAAGGGCAGGUACAUUGCUACAUGUUAGCGGUUUCAUAGGUCGUCUCAUGCAAUGCCAUAUAGGAUUUUGUUGAUGUGGAGGAGAGAGAGUAAGGUGAGAGAAAGAGGUAGUUGCCUCUCGAAACAGCCGUCUUAUAGGCUGAAAUUUAGGAGUAUGAGACUACUUCUCACCAUUAUACGAGUUGUUGUUGUCAUGCAACUCAAACUAUUUCUUUAUUUCAUCCACAAAUCAAGGGGUAUGGUAUAACUAUGAGACGACUAAAAAGACAAGCUAUUGUAGAAGUUGUCUGGUAGGUCGUCUCAAGAUUACGUGUCAUUGCAUGAGACCACCGUUAAGACAACACCAAUGUACUUGCCCUAAUGCGUGGUCUUCUCUAUUGCCGGAUCCACGACGCGUGAUGGCGUGCGUCUCUCUUGAGGAGUGGAUUGUUGGCAUCUCUAUUGAGGGCCUAUCGGGUGGAUACUGUAUUUGCGGAACUUACUGUCCCGGAAUGCUUACUUGAGGGAAGCAAGAAGCCGGGCAGAGUACCAUUUCAACUUUUACAGUGCAUUACUGAAAACUUUUCUGAAAAGCGAGAAAUUGGUUGGACUAGAUUUGGACGCUUAUUCAGGGGUCUCGUGCGACAGCGGAGCGUUGCUGUUAUGAGGCUAUUGAUGACCACUGGCUUUAAUGAUAAGAUGUUUCAGAAUCAAAUUAAAACCAUGAUGUUGACUCAGCACAAAAAUAUAGUACAGUUUCUAGGCUUCUGUAGUAAUACCGAAGAAACGGUGACAGAACAUCUGGGAGAACUCAUCAUGGCUGACAUACGGGAAAGGCUGCUCUGUUUCGAAUAUUUAAGCAACGGGAGCCUUGAUCGAUAUGUUUCAGAUGCAUCUUGUGGACUUGAAUGGAGACUGCGGUAUCAAAUAAUCAAGGGAAUUUGUGAUGGCUUGCACUAUCUUCACGGAAACCAUAUUGUUACCAUGGAUCUCAACUCUACCAAUAUACUGCUGGAUGAUAAUAUGGUACCAAAAAUUGCUAAUUUCUGUCUAUUGAGGGUCUUUGCCAAAGAGAAAAUUAGAACAUGGUACCACCUUUCCUCUUUUUUUAAGAAACUAGGAGGUACCGAUAGGUACCGGGAGGUAGCUUUCCAAUUUCGCUGCAAUUAUAUGGUACCGGAAUACUUGUUUGAUGGAGUUCUCUCGUACAAGUUUGACAUAUAUUGUCUUGGGAUCAUAAUCACCGAGAUACUGACAGGACAGAAGGUAUACUUUGCUAACAAUGAGAAGCUACUUGAAAGCUGGAAGAACAGAUUAUUGCAUACGUCCUCGGCAGACCUGAUCUUAUUGGAACAAGUAAGAGUAUGCGCGGAGAUAAGCAGAGCUUGCAGAGCUGAUGACCCCGACGAAUGGCCAGAUACGGGACGUAUAAUCAAGAUGUUGCUUGAAACAGAGACGAACGGAGCGGGAGCACAAGGAAAUUUGUUAUAUAUGGAAUUUAAUGAACUUGAGUGCAUACUGAAGGGAGCCAAGAAGCCGGGUAUACUAUCGCAUCAACUUUUAUCGUUGAUCACUGGUAAAUUUUCUUGUCAGCAAGAGAUUGGCCGGAGUGAAUUUGCAGUCACUUACAGGGGUAUCCUGCUAAACCCAAGAAUUACUGUGAAGAGGCUAUCCACGACCAAAGAAUUUGAUGAUCGGCUCUUUAAUAAUGAAAUUAAUACAUUGAUCUUGGCUCAGCACAAAAAUAUAGUACGGUUUGUUGGUUAUACCCAAGAAGAGGCGAGGGAGUAUCAGGGAGAACUCAUCAUGCCUGACACACGGGAAAGACUGCUCUGUUUCGAAUAUUUAAGCAACGGGAGCCUUAAGGACCAUGUUUCAGUCAUAGGAAAACCAACCAUCUCUACACAAAAUAGAACAUUUCUGUGGCCUCCAGUUGCAUCUCGCGGUCUUGAAUGGGGAGCGAGGUAUCAAAUAAUCAAGGGAAUCUGUGAGGGUGUACACUAUCUUCACGGAAAUAACAUUGUUCACGGAGAACUCAGACUUAGCAAUGUGCUGCUGGAUGACAUGGAUCCAAAAAUUGCUUAUUUCUGUCUAUCAAGAUGCUUUGUCGAACACCAACGCAGCGUUAUAAUGCCAAACAAAAUCAAAUCAAUGGGAUAUAUGGCACCGGAAGUCUUUGCCGGAUGUAUCACAUUCACGUCUGACAUAUAUAGCCUUGGGAUCAUAAUCGCAGAGAUACUGACAGGACGCAAGGACAUAGCAAAAGAGAAUGUACUUGAAAGCUGGAGGACCAGACUGGGUACAUCAUUGACAGACAUACUCUUGGAACAAGUCAGAGUAUGCACAGAGAUAAGAAUCGCUUGCAUAAACCCUAACCCAGAAAGGAGGCCAGAUAUGCAGCGUAUAAUCGAGAUGCUAGAUGAAACAGAAUGUGAGGAACCAGCAGAGCAGUAGCCAUGCUAUACAAGAACAAGUGGGCGAGUUGAUUGUGCUUUGUAUUCGAGUAGGAUACCUUUGUAUAUAUCUCCUAGAUUAUUUGCUGCUCAAACCAGUAUAUGCUGUGGUGUACAUGUAAUCCACAAAUACAUAGUGCAACUGACUGAGGCAUUGUUGAUUGUGGCAACAUUUAUCGCUUACAUGUUAUGGGAAUGUUACAUUGUUUCUGUUGCAUCAUUUUAGUAUGCUGACUAUUACAACUGAAAAAAUCCCAAAUUUUCUGGUAUU